AAACGCUUUUAGAACAGAAAUGACUGAAGAGAAGGACAUUGGGUGGAUGUAUCAGGGAGCAAAAGCUCUUGUCAAUCGUGAGGAUUACCUGUUAGGAAAGAAGAUUGAUAAAAGUUUCGAGAAGUACUCCGAUGCUGUUAAUGAAGAGAAACCAGAAGCACUGGAUGCACUUUUGCAUACACGAACAGUCGUCAAACCGCAACCAUCCACCGUGAAAACCAGUGCUUUGGAAACCUAUGUCGUCGCUACAGAAGAUCCUCUAGUGGCUGUCAAAGUCAAAGAAGAAACUCGACGACGCGAGGUAUUGGAGAAUCCUCUAAUGAAAUUGAAAUUUCAAAAAAUGUUGAAAGAAAUGAUGGCCGAAAAAGAAGGUAAGGGAGACAAGAAGAAGAAGAAAAAGAAGAAGAAGAAAGAAACUCGUGAGGAGAAGCCUAAGAAAAUCAAAAAGAAAAUGUCUAGGGAGUCCAAGGAAGAGGCAUCAGUCUCCGAGCGUCGGAAGUCAUCAAACAGUAAGAGAAGCCGCCCUGCUUCAUCCGAUUCGGAACCUGCACGGGAAAAACGGCGAUCGCGCAGGCCAAGCGAAGCUAGAAAAUCUCACGAACGAUCACCAGUGCGAUCUGAGAAAGAGGAGAGCCGACAUCACGAUAAAUCACCUCCUUUGAAAACCAAGAGAAGACAAAGAAGCAGUUUGUCGCCAGAGGAUGCUUCGCGACGAAAGAGACGGAGCUCAUCGUCUUCUGCUGAGCCAAUGCCGAGAAAGAGCCAUACUAAUAGCUCUGCCAAGGAGAGGCGGCCAAGGUCAAAGGAUCGUGACCGGAGUUCCUCUCCACGCAGAAGAAAACGAAACUCGUCUUCUUCUGCUGAGCGGACUAUGGAAAAGCGCCGCGUAAAUAGGUCCUCUCCAGAGCGCCGGAAGAGAUCAGAAGACCACCGUGAAAGAAGUGCUUCUCCACGCAGAGAUCGUUCUUUUGUGAGAAGCAAGGACAGAGUCGGUAGUAGUAGCAGGAAGAAAUCAGUUUCUCCUAAACGCGAAAGGUCACCGGAAAGAAAAACACGAAGGUCUCGAUCCCGAUCACAGUCCAAUCAUAGGUCACCAAAGCGAACACGAAGGCGCAGCGAGUCUUCUUCAGCAUCACCUGAGAGGCGGAGGAGGAGGAGUUUUAAGAGAAGCCCGGAUGAUCGGCUUUGGAAGAACAAGAAAGAAGUUCAACGUAGUAGCAGUAGCUCUUCAACUCCGGAUAUGCGCCAACGGAAGUCACAACCCUCACCUGCAAGAAAGGAGAAAGCAAAACAUGUCAGCCGGUCACCAUCCACUUCCACUUCUAGUUUAGAAGAUUCGAAUAGGAAUAGGAAAGUCUCUUCUACAAAGAAAGGUACAGGACGUGAAGAUGCUCAUGCUCAUUCUCCAUCCACUGUUGAAGAUCGGAAAGUAGAAGAUCGGAAGGAUACAGAGCGCCCAAGCGGCUCUCGGGAAGACGAACAACCGGUGCGGAGUUUUGACACUCACAUCCCUGAGCAUUUAAGACCCAAGGCGGCCGAAACCGAUUCUGACGAGGAAACGGAGGACAGAUUUGAGCGCGAGGAAAGGGAACGCAAAAAACGCUUUGAGGGUUUUGGCCUUGUUGAAGUUGUAAAGAAGCCUAAAGAUGAUGGACCCAUCACAGCACAAAACCCUUACGAGCUUUCCCGAAAGCCAACUGCGCCCGUUUACCAGAAACCUGAGCAUCGGCGUCCAUUGACAGAAGAGGAAAAGCAAGCAAAGUUACAAGAGAUGACGCAGAAUGCAAUUUGGCGGCAAGAAACUCGCAAAAAGAACCUGAAGCGAGCUCGUUUGGCUGAUGAGCAAGAAGAAGUUGAGGACUCACAAGAUAAGGCCCCUAGCUUUAUCAGAAGCCAGUUGAACACUGCCGUUGCCGAUCUCAGCGUCGAACAGUGGUUACAGAGUAACAAGAGAUCUCUUCAACGCUCAGAAGGUUUCCUGAAUUCAAAAUUUGCUUCGAAAUGAUGAUAUGUUGUAUCACUGUAAAGAAUAAAGAUUACCUCAGUCCUUUCAA